AUGGCAAAAACCAAUCUCUCCAAGUUGUUGCCCAAACUCAUCAAAAAGGGUGGCCAGCAGGUGAAAGAUCUCACGCAGAAGAUUUUGGAUAAUGCCGCCGCCUACACUAAGCGCAAGCUGGAGAAUGAUAAGAAUGCAAAGGAAGACCUUUCGACCAAGGGUACCCUGGCAGAUAGCACUGGCUUGAAACGAGCCCGUGAGACUGACAGUGGUUUGCAAUCUGGACCGAAGCGAAUGGCUGUCAAUAGCAACCUCAAGGAUGCAACUAAAACUGCUCCUGGGUUGACUAAGGGGACUCAAAUGAAUAAGCUGCCUGGUGCUGCAGCCCUGCGUCCCAAACCUAAUGUCGUUGCCCCAAAACCGUCAAGUCUUUUCGGUACCCUAAGCUCGGCAUCCAAGAGACCUGGAACUACAAAUGCAGAGCGGGCUGCAGCAGCCGCCGCCGCAAAACCAAAUGCGACUGGCGAAAAGGAAAAGACUCCGGCACCCAAGCCCUCUUUCUCCUUUGGGGAUAUUAUGGCUGAUCUCAACAAGCCAAAGGAAGCCCCAUCUCCUAAACCUACCGAAGAUCAUCCCCCAGAGACCGAGGAGCAACGUACAAAGCGGUUGCGCAAGGAAGAGCGCCGCAAGCUACGAGUGACUUGGAAGCCUGAUGACAAUCUUACGGAAGUCCGAUUGUUCACUCAUGACCCUGAUGAAGAAUUAGGACCAGGCGAUGGAUCAAUGCGCAGCAUGGGGGAUGUCAAGGGUGAGGGUAGCGUACUGAAGCUGCACAAGGAUAUGGAAGAACUUGAAGAGGAAGACAUGGGCGGUAUUCGCGAGACCGCUUUCUCCGAUGAAUACAAUCUCUCAACGAUUGAUCACGACUUUGAAGCCCCCAUGGACAGCAACUUCACCAAGCGCGGUGGUCCACUGGCACCACUGAGUCCAGAGAAAGAAGCCCAAGAUCAACGAGAGGCCACCACCCUCAUGGUCUUCUACACAUCCCCUGCUGAUAUGCCUGAUACACCUAAAGAGCCGCCAAGUCCCGAUCCUGAUGAAGUUGUUCCGGAUGUAGUGCCAUUUGGUGCGAUACCCGAUCUCGUCAGGGUUAGACAAGAACGCAUUUAUGCCAACCAAAACCCUAAGCCAACGUCCACUCAACAGCCGCAACAGCCCACGACCGGAAAUAAUGGAAUCGACAUUUCUAACCUGCUUAAGAUCAUUCAGGGUGGCGCAGCAGGCCAGCAGCCAGCUCCAGCUCCGGCGCCGGCGCCGCCAGCUCAGCCAGAUCUCGAACAGACAAUCAACAUGUUCCGACAGCAACAACCCCAGGCUCAACCUCAGAUGCCAGUGGCCCCUGCUCCACCGGUCGCACCGGCCACUGCGGCUCAGCCCCAACCAUAUGAUUUCAACGCAAUUCUGAAUUUCAUGAAGCAAUGGCAGGGUCCGGGUGGGUUUGCCCAGCCGCAACAAUUCCCGCCUGCCAUGGCUCCCAACAUGGGUGCUAUGUUCUCCCAACUUGGACAGAACCAACAACCGGCUGCUCCACAAUACCCGCAACAAAAUUAUGAUUAUGAUGACCCAGAGCGUAAGCGGGGUCGUGAUACCGGUCACUAUGACGACUUUGACCCAGCUUGGAGCCGGUCGAAACGAACUAAGAGCACUGACAAGCCUUACAAGGUAGGACUUGUUGCUUGCAAGUUUUGGGCUGAAGGCAUGUGUCGCAAAGGCGACAAUUGCACUUAUCGUCACGAUCCGCUUUGA